GCCACCGAUGCAGAGGUGGAGGAGGCAGCGAGUCUUGCCAAUGCGCACACGUUCAUCACGACUGAUCUGAGCGAGGGCUACUCGACCCAAGUCGGUCUGCGUGGCGGGCGGCUGUCUGGCGGGCAGAAGCAGCGUGUCGCAAUCGCCCGCGCGCUGGUUCGCAAGCCAGCAGUGCUGCUUCUGGACGAGGCUACGAGUGCGCUGGACAAUCACUCCGAGAAGGUGGUGCAGGGGGCGCUCGAGGCGAUCACAGCGGCGGCCCACUUCACGACGAUCACGAUUGCUCACCGGCUCUCCACCAUCCGACACGCGCACAAGAUCGCCGUCGUCCAGGCAGGU